UAGUCAGUUCUUGAGAUUGUUUUUGACAUGAAGAUUCGUAACAAACAAACAAAAGUGUUGAAUGACAGAGUUUUUAAGCAGAUGGGUGAAGAUGAAGGUACAGCUGUCGAUAUCUACAGGGAUACCCCUGUACGACUUCUGGGAUACGCAAACGAGGUUGGGGAAGCAUUCAGAGCCCUAGUUCAUGUCAGAUGGGUUAAGCUAAGCUAUGUAGUUGCUAGUGGAUAUGUACUAGCGGAUACUCAGGAUAAAGCAGGGAAAGCUCUAAAGGAAGGUGCUGAUGCUAAAAAUGUUGGAAUUGCAGCAAUGGAUACUUUAGUAUGGCAGGCUUUUGCCUCCGUAAUUGUUCCAGGUCAAAAUAGUUUUUCAUACAACGAAAAUUAUGAACUGGCAUCCUUAACCUCAGCUGGGAGAGCAUUCCAAGAGAUAUCAAUGUCACAUUGUGACCAGGGUGACCACGCUGGGAUGGAAAAUUCAAGAAAAUGGGCCGUGACCGGGCUUGGUCUGGGUGCUAUACCGUUUAUAGUUCAUCCUAUUGAUAACCUGGUCCAUACAGCCAUGGACCAUACAACAAGGAAAUGGUUCGGACCCUGAACACAGGUUGUUGGAAAAAACAUAGAUCUUAGUAAAUUCUAAUAGCUAGUCAUUAUAGUUAUAAUAUAGUUAGAAAUUAUU